AUGAGAUCAGUUUGGUCUAUCUCUCCGUCGCCGUCGCCGCCCCCGGCACCGGCACCUGUCGACGAUAGUGCACCUCAUCGAGGUGCUUUAACCCAAGAAGCGCCCGAGGAACAACCUGCGGCUGUUCAGCCUCAAAACGUUGUCCCUUGUGAAGAGUGCGGAAAGGCGUUCGGAAGCCGUGCUCAUCAUUCCGAGCACAACAGAUAUAUGCAUACUGGCACUGCGUGCUACUACCCAGGCUGUUAUGCUACCACGCCAGAUGAAGCUAGUCUUCAUCAACAUCUAGCGUUUUGGCACCCAUAUCGGAUAGCCCACAAUGGUCGCUACCAUUGCGGUUGGCCGUCCUGCACCAAGAGCUUUGUGAAUUCUACUGGGGCUGUGCGAUGCACUCGGUUCCACCAGUACGAUGCCAUGAAAGCCAGCGAGUAA